UCAACCAAGAAUUUCGGACCAAACAACCCAACCCUCUCUAGACUCCUUGCUUCUGAUAAGGACUCGAAUUUCUCGCUUUUCUCUCAACCUCAUUGAGUUGCGUGUUUUAAGCACUGCUUGGUAGGAUCGGAUGCAUGGCCCCUGCAUCCUUCUCUUGGCCCGGAGAUGCCGUGGGACUGACGCUCCUUGCCAUGUAGUGUACACGAACUCACUAGUGUACGAAUAUGUAUGUACAUCAUCAUUUACAAGGCGCAUGAGCAUGACUUUGCGACGCGCACCAUGUCAACGACUCCCUACCUGCCCGGUGUCCUCGCCGUAACACUCCAUGAAGGCGCGGGCUUUUCUGCGGCGGAUCGGUACCGUGAACUCUUCAACGGUCAUGAGCCCAACUAUCCGAGUCCGUCUUCUCGCCGCCAGUACCACCUCCCAUAUGCCUUGUUAGAUUAUGAGAGAUCCCAAGUCACUGUUGGUUCCCUCUUAGGAACCACUGAGAAUCCUCGGUGGAUAGCACAACAUGGUGCAACCUGCAAAUUCGAUAUAUCGCGGGCUGCUGAGUUGGCGAUCCGACUGUACCUCGAGGACCCGAAGGCGCGUAAAGGAAGUCAAGACGUGUUCCUUGGCGUGGCGAGAAUAAGCCCCUUUGAUGGAUGGAUGGUAUCAGGCCCGCGGUGGUUGGAGAUUCAAGGCGGCACUGGCAAAAUCCUCGUCAGCCUGGAGUACACUCACGUCGAGAACAAGGCGCUCGAAAUUGACACAUCCGACUAUGCACGGCUGAGUCCAUCCGGAGACGUCUUGCAAGUCAAGAAACAAGAUACCCAACGACGAUAUGCGAGGAAGACAAUUAGGGGAGCCCAAUCCAGCAUCUUCAUGUUGUGUGACACCGCGGCCCAACUCAACCACCCCUUCGUCGCACCCCUCGCAUUCACUCACCAGUCAACCAAAGGCCUCCAGUUGUAUACGCCAUUUGUUAAUGGGGGUCAUCUUUUCAGCCACCUGCAAGGACCGCAACGCUUCGACCUCGAGAGGACCAGAUUGUAUGCCGCCGAGAUCGUUUGCGCGUUGGAGUAUCUGCACAAUGCCAACAUCAUCGGCUGGCUGAAGGCCGGAAAUGUCUUGCUGGACUCGUUGGGACAUGUCACUCUGUGCGGUUUCGGCCUUUUUAUGCAACAGAUCGAGGACGGGGAACAAGUCCGCCGUAGGAGACCCGAAUAUCCCGCUCCGGAAUCACUUCUUGACGAUGGGAACACGUCCAGAGCGGCCGAUUGGUGGACAUUGGGCGUAUUUCUCUAUGAAAUGCUGACGGGACUACCACCGUUCUACGAUAAUGACGUUGAAAAGAUACGUCUCAAUAUCCAAAGCCAGCCCCUCGAGUUCCCUAAGUCAUUCCCACCAUCUGCCACGGAUGUCUUGACUAAGCUGCUUGAUCGUGAACCUGGCCAACGAUUAGGGGCGGGUGGCGCCGCUGAAGUCAAAGCCCAUCUCUUUUUUGGGGGUAUUGACUGGAAAAAAGUCAUGGAAAGGGGUUACGAGCCUGUGUUCAAGCCCAGUUAUUCCGCCAGUUCCUUCCAGUACCAUGGCGUCGACUAUCCCCCUGAACGAUGGGUCUCCUUAGAGGAACGACUGAAGCAGUUCGCCGGAUUCACAUACAACCGACCUCCGAGCAAACCCAAACCCACCACCACCCCCUCCCAGAAACCACUCCAACCCAUCACCACCAAGGAAACCGGCCUCCCAUCCCCAGACCAGCCUGCCCCUGACCCAUCCCAUCCCCCAACAACAGCACCCCCAUCCACAAGCACAACCCCCCCAACACUCCCCCCAUCAACAUCACCAACCCAAACCCGCAUCACCUCCACCCAAGCCCUCACCCACGCCAUAACCCACCGCAACCACCCCCUCAUAACCGCCCUCCUCGCCCAGGGCACCUCCCCCAACUUCCACCCCUCCGACCGCCCCGCCCCGCCCCACCCACUCGACAACGGCUGCUACAUCGGCGAAGCCCGCCACGACCCGCGCACCGACUACACGCCGCCGCUGGUGCGGGCGGUGCAGAUGGGGGACACACCUGUGGUGCGGUUGUUGCUCGCUGCGGGGGCGGAUGCGGAUGUGGGGUAUCAUGGUCUGGGUGACUGGGAGUGGGAGGAGGAGGGGGAUGGGGAUGGGGAUGGAUAUGGGUGGUUGGGGGAUAAGGAGCCGGUGCGGUUUGUGUGUGGCAGGCCGGUGCAGUUGGCGAUGGAGCUGGGGUGGGAGGAGGUGGUGAAAGUGUUAGUAAGGGAGGGGGGCGCGGAUGUUGGGCUGGGGCGGCCGGUUUGGGAUGUGCUGGGGCAUGAGUGUAAGGUUGUGCCGAGGGGGGUGUAUUUGAGGGUUGUAAGGGGGCUGAGGGAGGUGGUGGCGGGGAUGGGGAGGGAGGUUAGGGGCUGAGGUGGUUUUGGUGUUGGGGGCAGGGGGGUGUGGAGUUGUGGCGUUGAGGGAAGUUGAGCUAUCACUUUUGCUCUGCGGCGUGCUUUGUCGUUAAGGUGAGAGAACAAAUCUGAAACUGUGGAAAGAAUGACAGCUCGAAAGAUAGGCUAGUCAAUAGAAAUGGGAGGGUUCUUGCAUCAGCAAGGGGUAACCGCGGGCGAUUGCAUAUGCGCUCA